AUGGCAGCAAGCGUAAUACAACUCCAGUGCGAUUGCAAGAAUGAUCCGUGGGGUAAGAAAGGUGGCGAAUCUCUCGCCGGCCGUUUAUGGUCGCAGAUGCCCGACGCGAGCCCACUAGAUCAGUCACAGACAUACUCUGAGAUGUGGAUGGGAACCUACCCUUCAGUACCGUCUCGACUUGCUUCGAGCGGCGAGCUGCUCCAAGACCACAUCAAGAACAAUCCCGAAUUACUCGGAAGUAGAUUUUGCGAUAGAUAUUCGACCGAAGUCCCAUUUUUGCCCAAGAUUCUCUCUUUUGAGAAGGCCCUGCCACUGCAAUUGCACCCCGACAAAAAGCUGGCUGAGAAGUUGCACGCAUAUGACUCCACUAAGUUCGGAGAUAGUAAUCAUAAGCCAGAGAUUGCGGUAGCGCUCACUCGAUUUGAAUUAUUCGUUGGCUUCAAGCCUAUUGAGGAACUGAGAGAGAUCAUCAGGCUGGGUCCUCUGCAGGAAAUCUUGCCAAAGUACGAGCAUGUUGACGAGAAGGCUUUACGAGAGACGUGUCGCGCUUUGCUCAAACUCUCAGAGCGCGAUGCUUCUAGUAUAAUCGACAAACUGAAGCACCUUCCCGCUUCGGAUCUUGGAGCAAAGCAUCAGCACAUACCCAAACUGGUAGAGCGAUUGAGCGAACAAUAUUCGGAAUCUGAUAACGGUAUCUUGAUCGCUUCAUUAUUGAUGAACUACAUGGCUCUGGAGCCAGGCGAGGCUGUCUGUGUACCAGCUGAUAGCAUCCAUGCUUGGUUAUCAGGGGAUAUUCUCGAAUGCAUGGCGAGAUCAGACAAUGUCCUCAACACCGGGUUCUGCCCUCGUGCCGACAGAGACAAUAUCAACCUUUUCACGCAAGCUCUCACUUUCAAACCUCAAGGCCAAGAAGCCUCGUUAUUACAAGGUCAACCGAGCUCCUUCGGAUCCACCCAGAAGACAGUUGAAUACGCUCCCCCAUUUAGCGAGUUUAAUGUUCUUGGGGUAAGCUUAAAUGGAAAGGAAAUGGAAACUCACGCCGUGCUUCAUUCUCCUAGUAUACUUGUUGUUACUGAGGGCUCCGGAAUUAUGGCCACAGGACAGGCCGAUAAUUACGAUCUGCGUGAAGGAAGUGUGUUCUUCGCUGGUCCGGAGGCCAAAUUACAAUUUGCGACACAUGGGUCGUUGAAUAUCUACAGGGCUUAUGCCACUCUGUGA